UCAAAAUUAAAAUCUAAAACGCUAAAUAAAUCGCGAAACCGUCAACGUCGCUACUUGCUAGUUGCUAGAUACAACGCAGCCGCACUACGCUGCCGCACUGGGCGGUUGUCAUUGUUUCAUAAUUCAGAUCGCCGGAAGUCCUUCGAAUUUCCUCGAUUCAGAACGUUCAGUGUGCAGGUUUCUGCAACCAUAACUGCGAAUAGGUGGGAAAGUGAUUUUCACAGGAAUACAGAACAUCCGGAAGGUAGCGCGAUUUCCACAAUAACGCAUGUCCAAGCGAUUCUGUACGUUCUGUUCCCACUGCCCAGGCAGUGUUUAGUAUUAUCACAGAGUCCGCCAUAAGUCGGCUGUCCGUGGUGAUCUCAGCGAGGGAGGGCGGUCAGAUGAAGUCCUGUCUGUGGAGGAAAUUGCGAUAUUAAAAUGGCGAUGGAGCGGAAUCGAACCGCUGGCUACCGAGUGAGAUCCACGUAGCACAGCCACUGUGCCAUCGCCGCUGUUGGCGAAGAUCAAGAUAUUUGUGCUUGAGCUUGAGCCAACCAGGUAGGCGGCGGAUGGGCGGCUGCUGUGUGUACAGAGGAGUCUCCUCUUACAGUAUAAGUAACACUUUAAAAUAAAAUUCAAUACGACUGGAUACCAGCGACCACGUACGUACUGUGCGUCUAGAAUGUCGUCUACUCAAAUGUAAAAAGUAGGUGCUGGACAUGGUGCGCUUCGCGGCGGCCCAUCACCCCGGCCUCCCACCUGACCGCGGUCCACGUGGUGGGCGUGGCCCGCUGGUGGCUGACGCGUGCCUGGGACCAUCGUCUGGGCCCCGCUCCACCAGUCCCGGCGAGUUCCGUUUGGCGGAUGUCCUGGGGGCGGUGCGGCGCUGCCCGGGCGACGUCAGCGUGGCCGACUGUCGCGUGCUGCUGGAACUGGAGGUGGACGGGAAGGGGCAGCCGUCGGCCGUGCCACCGCUGCGCAUCACCAUUCCCACUGGACGGCUCUACCCGGGUGAGCGCGAUGUGAAAUCUUUUGGAGACGCCGCUGCGCCGACGCCGGGUGACGCACAAAUGGCCACGGCGUCCAAGUUGUUGACCUUUCUCAUCGGCAACCAGGAGAAGAGUGCGAAGAUUCAACAGCGCUUCGACUUCUGCUGUCAGAUGCUGUGUGCCGUGCAGACGGCUGAUCCGCGUCCGACCUCGCAUUAUCGCGGCAAGAAGUGGUGCAAAACGGGACUGGAGGAUGGGCAGCGGGAGUAAUUGUCGCGUCUGACCCUGCACUUCCUCCUGCAGCUGGCCGGCGUACUGGGCGCCGAGCUGGACUGAUCGGCCGACCGUUGCGUCUCGUUUCCCGGGUGAAGUUUGAUAGAGGAAUUUUUUAUGAGUUUCUUCCAGUUUAAAUGCUUUUCAAAGUUUUUGCCCGUGAAUGUUUUAUGUUGCGGAAUUCUCGUGACAGCUUGCAUCUGUUUUACAUUGAAUGUUUUUGCUCAGUUUCAAGUUCGGUGUUUAGACGGUGAUUUGUA